GUGUUUUUGAAUUCACCACUAACGAACAGAGAAUGCAUGUAAAAAUUGAUCGAUCUCUAACUUACAUUAGUCUAAUAAUAUCAAAGUAUUGUUAGCCUUGAAAAUGUCUUUAAGUUUUUGGUGUUUUUUGUGGUGUUUUUAUUUUUAUUUUUCACCACUAACGUUAGUAAUGUUAUGUACGAUAGUUCACACGUAUCACGAAUGACUCUUUGGACGAGUUAACUAAGAGAAUUUCCGAUUUACGUACAAGUUAACAGAAGAGUGAAACUAUAAAUAGAAUUGGGAUUUUAUUGUUGUCGUUGAUCUUUGGUCUCCAACAUAACGAUGCAAGUUUUAAUACUCAAUAAGUGUACCCAGGCAACUGAUCGAAGCCGUUUUGUAAUACAGUAUAUAGAAAACAUGGCCUAUCUCAGAAACUGGAGACGGUACAAUACAUUUGUUCAUGCGCUUGCACAAUCAAGCAACAGUGAAAAUGACCUUUCCCAUGACCGAAGAAAGAUUUCAGAGAAGAGUCCUCUACCUUCUUGUUGAAAUAAGAGACCUUCUUAAGAGUCCAGUAACAACAGCUUCAAAUACAGAAGACGUUGAUCUUGUUACCAUAGACUCAGAAGAAGGAUUUGAAGCCUUAGACAGAAGACUUGAAAACCGGGACUUUAAAGCCAGCUUUAAAUUCUUGCUUCAAAAGAUUGGAGGUACAGAUGGUACUGACCACAUGAAGAAAGCAAUGUUAAGAACUAUGACAAACUCGUACAUGGCUGGUCUAAACAUGAAGGGAAAACGGGGAAAGAAAGCUUUUGGUUCCUCCCAACUCUACCUCCUUAUAAAAGAAACUGUAUUGACAUCUCAUACACAGUAUACAGAAUCAAAAUUCAAUGAAGAUUUGGCUAAAUUCCUAAAAUAUGCCCCGGAGCGUGUGGGAGGAGGUGGAAGAAGGAGAAGAGAUUGACUGUUUUUCACGUUCACUUGACCAGAACUAAUGAUUUUACUCUUUUUCAUCUUCUUAAACUAAUGUUUUUGUGAAAAGCUGGCUACAGAUGUGAGCUAGGUUAUCCAUCAGUGAUUUUAAGUGAUACUUUCAAUUUAUUUAACUGUUUCUCUCUUGAAUAAAUUGAUUAAUGAUA